CAUUUCCCGCGUCACUUCUCGCGUGUUUUCGUGAGAAAACGUAGUUUGGAGACCAGACAGACUCCUCGGGGAUUUCUCCUGGUGACAGAUCGUGUAGUGUGCACACCACAACGACUUCAAGACUCCCGAGCCAGUUGUGUAGUGUGAACUGGCAAGCUAUCUGACGACUUUGAAAGCCGUGUAGUCUGUGCAAGGCAUUAGGAGAGGCCGACAAUUCAGAGGAUUUGAAGUGGGACAAUCUGACCUCUAGUGCAAUCGGUCCUGAGUAAUCAGUGUGAUCUGGGAAUUCGUUUCUUUGACCUUCGGAUCGCCAGGAAGCCAGCAGGAGGCGGCCAACUGUUUUUCGCCCAUGGCAUUUACACACUGAUGACUGUGAAGGAGGCCCUGGGCGAACUGGCUACCUGGUUAGACGCUCAUCCGAAAGAGAUCAUCAUCAUUUCCUGCUCUCAUUUCGAAUCGAUGACUGAUGAAGAUCACUGCCAGCUUGCGGAGUACAUCAUCUCACUGUUUGGAAAGAAACUAUGCUCUUCACAGGAAAUUCCCACCUUGCAUUCCUGUUGGUCCAGAGGUCAGCAGGUUGUAGUUUCCUAUGAUAACCAGCAGAUGGUGCUGCAGCACCCUGAGCUGUGGACUGGGAUACCUUACUGGUACGCUGACAGUUCAAACCCUAAGAAAGUGAUCGCCUAUCUGGAGGAGCAGAAACACCGAGGAAGACCAGAUGGGUUCUACGUCAGCGGGCUGAACCUGACAGAAGACGCUGCCUACAUCCUGCUGCACCCCCUGCAGGACAUGAGGACCAUGACCCUGAGGGCUCUCUCUCUGCUGCUCCGCUGGGCGAGCAAGCAGCAGCCGGGGCGAGGGGCUGGGGGGGUCAACGUCCUCUGCUGCGACUUCGUGGACGUCAGUCAGUUCUGCUCGCUUGUGAUCGACCUGAACUACAAAGAGCUGCUCGCUGCUCCUCGGGCUGCCUGCACUCUGCAGAGAACAACACCAGAAAGCCUUGGCAGUUGCAAAUGACUUAAACCCCCUACUAUCGGGCAGACAUCAAUCCGUAGCAUGGUUUGUGGUAUGAGUCAGGCAGGCCACCAGCAGCUCUACACUAAUGAACAAACGAGCCGCAGCUGUGCAGCCAGGUGGCCGAUGACAGGAGGAAGAUGAGCAGACAGGAAUAUUACAGAGAAAAUCCGAGUUAGAGACAGGAGGCAUCAUAUUCUGUUUCCUCGCAGAGAACAUGAGCAACACUUUCACCUUUCUGUGUUAUUAAGAGCUUAACAGCUUAAAACAGUCACCUGAGAACAACACUCACACUUUCCACACAGGUUUAUUCAAGCAGAUGCAGCAUUUUCAAACGAUGCUCAUCAACACACGGUCAAAACUGAUACUUACUGCAGUUGUUAAGGCAUGUGGAAAUGUCACUUUAUUGUCUUCUGAUGUAACUACUGAAUGGUUGGGUUUAACCGCAGUGAGUGCAUGCUGUCAGGUGGCUGCAGUGCAUUUACUGUUUGUGAGGGAAUAAAAACCAACAGAGGAAUAGAAAAAGCAACAGUGCAUAGACAAACAGUUAUGGCUGAAUCCUGUCCAGAUAUCUGGAUUUGUUUGCUUUCUGCACAAACUUUGUAUCCCUGUUGCACAUUUUCUGGAUAUAUUUGACAAUGUUAUUAUUCUUUGUGAAAGCAUUCACAACACACACUAUACUAGAAAAUGCACGGUUUAUAAAAAAUAAAUAUCCCUUUGUUGCUGCUAAAAACACCACAACAUCUUCCCAUGCAAGACAGUCGUAACCCCAAAAGGCUAUUACUGAAGUGCUAUGGGUUACAGGUCACAUCAGUGUAAAGGAAAAGAAGUAAAAACACACAUUUUAAUAAACAACUCGGGUUUGUGUUGCACUUGGACGCUGAAAUGUGUUGAUGACUGCACCAAUACUCACCUGAGUAUUUCAAUUACUCCAUGUUCCACUCUAGCACCGACAAAUACUGCAUAUAAAAGUGGAAUUAAAACCACAGGAAACCUUUUUUAAAUCCUUACUAACACUGCUCUUCAGGUACUACAGUUGUAAAGACAUACUUUCGUCCCAGGAUCACAGAGGUUUAUCCCUUUUCUCAUACAUUUAGUUUCCCUUUUAUCAAGAACAAUGAGGGGGUGUUGUGUGACAUAUCUUGCCAGAGAUAUUAAUUAUAACUUUCCCUCUCUAUGAGGAAAUAUUAUAAAGAAGUCAUUAUUAUUAGGGCCUCUCCUGUUUGAUGAAAAACAGCUAACCUGAUAGCUUUUAAAAAUCAUAGAAGUUGUCCGUAGAGACGGCUGCUGGAUGAAAAUAUAAACCUUUAAGACCCUGUUGUGCAUAAAGGAAUCAAAGAAUGUAUAUAUCUCGUAUAUAUUGGACACGAACAUGGGAUUUCUUUAAUUAUAAAAGGUGAAAACUUAUUUAUUGUGCAUUAAAUUGAAUGUUUUUUCCACCCAAAUGGUCUCUGAGGAUUUCUGAAAUCUCUUAAACAGCAUCAAGGGAUGUUGGACCGUUUUAGUAAUAAACUCAUGCUGAUCUUUAUGUAUGUAAUGGUGUAACAUGAGAGGAACAAACCGGUGACCCUGGCUUUGGAUAACCCUUUCACAAGGCUUUCUAAGAAGGAAAGUCUAUAUAAAUCAGUCGGUGUGUGCUUUAGUAGCAAGUGUCAACAUUUAUAUCAGCCUUGAAGCGACUGCUAGCUGAAAAGUGGAAAUGAACUGUUCACAGACAAGCGAGCGUCCCUGCUGGAAAACACACUGCUGCCUUGUGUGAUUCCAAUAUGGCUGCCGCAGGGUGUGUUACUGUAUGCAUCCUGAGCUGAACAACAUGUGGGAGGAUCCUGUAUAGCACCAUAUCGGAAUGGCUUACAAACAAAGUAAUUAUUCAUAAGAGGAAAACAUAUUUACAAUAGAUUGAAAAGUGUGGACAAAAGCAUGGCUUUGGGAGCUGUCCAGUGUGUGUGUGUGUGUGUGUGUGUGUGUGUGUUUAUCUCUUGGCUUGGCCGAUGUAGCUGUUCUCGAUGCACAGCACCACGUAAGAGCUGGAGCAGCUGCUGGAGGUCUGCUGCAGCAGAUUGCCGCUCUGAAGCGCAGCCGCCAUGCCGCUCAGCGCCCGGUCGUCCACACGCCAGCCCUCGCAGAUGCUUUCCACCUGACCCCUCCCGGCGCUGUUCGACCCGUGCCACAUCAUCUUCUCCGGCCUGGGAUAAAUGGGGAAAAGGACAUUUUACAACUCUCAUCCCUGAAGAGCAGUGUUGAUAAUGACUUGUGGAUUUAAUUCCACAUGUUUUAUAUAUAUUAUUUAUUACAUUUGAUUGUGUUCUUAUCUUUAUUGACAUUACGUUGAGUUAUUACAGUGCAUUUUCAUUGCUGCUACCUUUGCGUUUAUCAAAAUGUAUUUGUGUCUAUUUUGAUUACUGCAUACAAACCAAGUUUCGUUAUGAUGACAAUAAAGAUAUUCUGAUUUGGA